UUGACGUGGACGGCGUCGGCGGCGGGACGUUUCCUAACUCUGACAGAUGCUCAAGAAAAGCAGGAGGAGGUGGUCAGCUACCUGCCCCUCAGUCACAUCGCUGCACAGAUGUCGGAUAUUUGGUUGGCAAUGACAUAUGGUGUCCAAGUUUUCUUUGCUCAACCCAAUGCACUAAAGGGCAGUUUGGUGGACACCCUGCGGGAAGUGAAACCAACUGCUUUUCUGGCAGUUCCUCGUGUCUGGGAAAAAAUGGAAGAAAAAAUGAAAUCUAUAGGUGCAAAAUCAUCAGCCCUCAGAAGAAAAGUGGCAUCGUGGGCCAAGGGCAUUGGGCUGCAGACAAACCUGAAGCGGAUGAAUGGAUAUUCAGAAGUCCCGGUGAAUUUCCGCUUAGCCAGGCACUUGGUGUACAAGAAAGUGCGAAAGGCCAUCGGGCUGGAGCGGUGCACAAAGUGCUACACGGGGGCUGCUCCCAUUACCAGAGAGACACUGGAAUUCUUCUUAAGUCUGAACAUCCCCGUGUUGGAGAUGUACGGCAUGAGCGAGAGCUCUGGGCCUCACACCAUCUCUCUACCUCAUGCGUUCAAGCUCACCAGCUGCGGAAAGGAAGUCACAGGCUGCCGGACACUGAUUCAUAAGCCAGAUGGAGAUGGCAUCGGGGAGAUCUGCUUCUCAGGAAGACACAUCUUCAUGGGCUACUUGAACAUGGAAGAAAAAACCAAAGAGGCCAUUGAUGAAUGUGGCUGGCUGCAUUCGGGUGACCUUGGCAAGCACGAUAAAGAUGGAUUCCUCUACAUCACUGGCAGAAUUAAAGAGCUCAUCAUCACUGCAGGAGGUGAGAACAUUCCUCCUGUUCCAAUUGAGGAUGCUGUCAAAGAUGCUGUUCCCAUCAUCAGCAAUGCCAUGUUGGUUGGAGACAAAGCCAAGUUCCUCGCUAUGCUUCUAACGCUCAAGUGCAAUGUAGCUGCAGAAACCGGCGAGCCAGAAGAUGAUCUCACACCAGAAGCUGCUGAAUAUUGUCAAAAACUGGGCAGCAAGGCUACAAAAGUCUCUGAAAUCAUCAGCAGCAAGGACAAGGCUGUGUACGCAGCUAUCCAGAAGGGAAUUUCAGCCGUCAACGAGGGAGCUGUCUCAAAUGCUCAGAAAGUCCAGAAGUGGGUCCUUCUGGAGAAGGACUUUUCUCUCAGUGGUGGAGAGCUGGGCCCAACCAUGAAGCUGAGGAGAGCGGUGGUGGCACAGAAAUACAAAGACCAAAUCGCUCAGUUUUACGUGGAUGCAGAGACACCCACCACCACAGAGCCCACCCCCCUUCGGCAGUAG